CAAUUUGACUAUAAUAGCCAAAUAAUAAUGCAGGAAGCUGGAGAGUACACUAUGAAAAGUAAGUGUCAGCAUUUGUCUUUGUUUUAGUGGGCUAAGCAAUAGGACCAAAUGUGAUUUACACAAGUGCCCUGUAAUUCCUGGUUGAGCUUUAUUCAUCACAAAGUUUACUGUCAGCUUAGAUUUAAAUCCUCUCUCAUCCUUUGACUCCAGUGCAUCCGAUGUGGCAGGGACCACUCGUUGCUCCUGGGGGUAACAGACAAUCUCCUAUUGAUAUUCGGGUGCGCAAGAGCGUCUUUGAUCCGCACCUCAAGCCGCUGACCCCGGAUUACGACCCCAGGACGUGUUCACAGAUAUGGAACAACGGGUACUCAUUCCUGGUUGAGUACGACGACACCACCGACAAAUCCAGUAAGGACUUUCUGCUCUGCAAUGUGCCUCAUUAAAACUGCAGUGCCCGCCACAUGGAAUGUGACUUUGAUUUACUUUUUAAGUAGCCCUGCCCUAGGCUUAUUUCUCGACAUCACUCUGUCUUGAAACGUAUUGUUUAGACAGUUCUCAUUUUCAGUUGAAGUUAUUUCAGAAAUGUAUAUUUUGUUUCACUGCUUUAAUAAUAUACUCUAGACUUUACAUUAAUAUUUUGAUGCCAAUUAUACAAUAGGCUUAUUAUUCUGUAAUUACAUGAAUUUUUUGUUCUGCUUUUGUGUGUGUGAGAAGAGAGAGGAUACUUGUUAUGUUUUAGCAUGGAUGUUUAUAUAACACAAUAUGCAACCCACCACCACUACCGUCAUAUACACACACACUUGACCAUAUACACAUCAUAUAUAUACACACCAUUUCAAGAUUUACUGGCAUUGAAAUGUUUCUAACCCCCACUCAGCUGUUAUUUAUGUACUAGCUACUGUUUCCCAUUCUCAGUAUUGUAUGUGUCUCUAAUACAACACUGAUGAAUGAUCUAUUUAUUCUUAUCUAUCCCUCACUCAGCACUUAAAGGGGGUCCUCUGGAGGAUAACUUCCGGCUGUGUCAGUUCCACUUCCAUUGGGGGGAGAGCAACGCAUGGGGCUCAGAGCAUACAGUGGACCGCCGCCUCUUCCCUGCUGAGGUAGCUACCGCACAUCCUCUUCCUUAAAAGGAUGUGCCAACUUUGUUGAUUGCCUCUGAAAUUUGAAAAACCUCCUAACAUGUCAAGUCUAGUAGAGCUAUAGUCUUCAGGAGACUGUGGCAUGGAACGGUAGAAGGACUGCUUUUUAGUCAUCAGGUCAAAGUGCUGAAGUCCUAGCCAAUCCAUAAUGACAUUGGAAUGGAAUUUCCGUGACAGAGGGGGAUUGUGCUGUUGGAAACCUCCUCUACAUAUAGAAUCAGAAUGCUCUGUGUGAAAUGCAUUCUGGUCAAUCCUCAUGACCCACCUUUGAUGUAUCUAUUUUAAAAUUGUUCCACUCACCUAAAGCACACUUAAACAAUAGAGGGAGUACUACUGUACUACUGUCUGUCUGGGGAGGGUGCCAUGCCAAGCUGUCGUUAUUGGCUGUGAAAAUCUGACCAUGUCAGGGUUCUCAACACUCCCCAGGUGGAGAGUGUGUAGAGAGGCUGAAGUUACGAUUACAACACACAACUCCCUCUGUGUCUAAUAGGAGCGUACCACAGUCUGGGUAUUUAAUGGAUCCUCAGUUUACUUAUUGGGUUGAACCUCUUUUGACAAACCUGCAUUUUCUCUUUAUGUAAACCUUUCCUGAUCCCAGUGUGAAUGUGGCUAGGGUGGGCCAUUGUUGGGAACUGAAAUGGAGUAAAACAAAGAGGAGCUACAUGUGACCUCGGAGUCAGACAAUGCUCAGUUUGAUUUAAUAGAUACUGAUACCUGUCUGUUAAGGAUGGGGAUUCUGGGGUGUAUUUUAAAGUUGACCUGACUCUGGGUGUGUGGAUAAACAUGUUCUGAUUUACAUAUGCUCCGCCUUUUCUGUCGAUAGCUCCACAUGGUGCACUGGAACUCUAAUAAGUACAGCCGGUUUGAGGAAGCUGUGAUGGAGGAGAAUGGACUGGCUGUUAUCGGGGUCUUCCUCAAGGUAAUUUAUUGCUCUUCGUUAACAUAGCAAUGGAUACAUCCCUACAAUAUGCAACCCACCACCACUACCGUCAUAUACACAGUGCCUUCGGAAAGUAUUCAGACCCCUUGACUUUUUCCACAUUUUGUUACGUUACAGACUUAUUCUAAAAUUGAUUAAAUUGUUUUUUCCCUAAUCGAUCUACACACAAUACCCCAUAAUGACAAAGCAAAAACUGGUUUUUAGAAAUGUUUGCUAAUUUUUAUUUUUUUUUUAACUGAAAAAUUACAAUUACUAAAGUAUUCAGACCCUUUACUCAGUACUUUGUUGAAGCACCUUUGGCAGUGAUUACAGCUUCAAGUCUUCUUGGGACGACGCUACAAGCUUGGCACACCUGUAUUUGGGGAAUUUCUCCCAUUCUUCUCUGCAGAUCCUCUCAAGCUCUGUCAGAUUGGAUGGGGAGUGUUGCUGCACAGCUAUUUUCAGGUCUCUCCAGAGAUGUGCGAUCAAGUUUAAAUCCGGGCUCUGGCUGGGCCACUCAAGGACAUUCAGAGACUUGUCCCGAAGCCACUCCUGCGUUGUCUUGGCUGUGUGCUUAGGGUCGUUGUCCUGUUGGAAGAUGAACCUUCGCCCUAGUCUGAGGUCCUGAGUGCUCUGGAGCAGGUUUUCAUCAAGGAUCUCUCUGUACUUUGCUCCGUUCAUCUUUGCCUCGAUCCUGACUAUUCUCCCAGUCCCUGCCGCUGAAAAACAUCCCCACAGCAUGAUUCUGUCACCACCAUGCUUCACCAUAUGGAUGGUGCCAGGUUUCCUCCAGGCGUGACGUUUGGCAUUCAGGCCAAAGAGUUCAAUUUUGGUUUCAUCAGACCAGAGAAUCUUGUUUCUCAUUGUCUGAGAGUCUUUAGGUGCCUUUUGGCAAACUCCAAGCGGGCUGUCAUGUGCCUUUUACUGAGGAGUGGCUUCCGUCUGGUAACUCUACCAUUAAGGCCUGAUUGGUGGAGUGCUGCAGAGAUGGUUGUCCUUCUGGAAGGUUCUCCCAUCUCGACAGAGGAACUCUAGAGCUCUGUCAGAGGGACCAAGGCCCUUCUCCCCUGACUAUUCAGUUUGGCCAGGCGUCUAGCUCUAGGAAGGGUCUUGUUGGUUCCAUGAAUGAUGGAGGCCACUGUGUUCUUGAGGACCUUCAAUGCUGCAGAAAUGUUUUGGUACCCUUCCCCAGAUCUGUGCCUCGACACAAUCCUGUCUCGGAGCUCUACGGACAAUUCCUUCGACCUCAUGGUUGGUUUUUGCGCUGACAUGCACUGUCAACUGUGGGACCUUAUAUAGACAGGUGUGUGCCUUUCCAAACCAUGUCCAGUCAAUUGAAUUUACCACAGGUGGACUCCAAUCAAGUUGUAGAAACAUCUCAAGGAUGAUCAAUGGUAACAGGAUGCACCUGAGCUCAAUUUCGAGUCUCAUAGCAAAGGGUCUGAAUACUUAUGUAAAUAAGGUAUGCUUUUUAUUUUUAAUAUAUUUGCAAACAUUUCCAAAACCUGUUUUUGCUUUGUCAUUAUGGGGUAUUGUGUGUAGAUUGCUGAGGAUUUUUAUUUAUUUAAUCCAUUUUAGAAUAAGGCUGUAACGUAACAAAAUGUGGAAAAAGUCAAGGGGUCUGAAUACUUUCCGAAGGCACUGUACACACCAUUUCAAGAUUUACUGGCAUUGAAAUGUAAACACCCCAUGCAGUGAAUGUAAACACACAGCACGUGCCUGACAGAUGGACUCAGUGCUCAGACACAGAUUAUUUUACUCCUCAGAUAGGGAAGAGACACAAAGGACUGCAGAAACUAGUGGAUGCCCUACCUGCUGUCAGACACAAGGUGAGUUCAAUGAUUGACCACUUAAACCAUGAAGGUGAUUAUAAUAUUUAUUUUUUUACCAAGGUUCCAAAGAGCACAUUUCAAGCAGGUGGUAUAUGCCUCUGAGUUUCUGUUAAGCCCAAGCUUAACGUAAAUAGUCAAUGUACUGUACGACUCAGUUGGGCAAUCUGGACAAGUCUCAGGUGGUGCACACGUUUGUAUGGCAAUGGUAUGUGAGGGGGAGAGUGUGAUGACAGAUAAUAUGGAGAGUGUAGGAGCUAUAUGGGAGUGGUAGAGUGUUGAGUGGUGGAACACCCUUUGUUACCUCCCACAGAAUUAUUAAACAAAUGAAUCAUUCUGAAAUAUGAUCCGAGAUGGGAAGACAGUCAACUGUAACUGCCAUCUAGUGGCCAUGAGUCAAAUUACAUGCCACUACUAUCAUUAAGGUUAUUAUUUACAUUUUAGUCAUUUAACAGACGAUCUUAUCCAGAGCGAUUUACAGUUAGUGAGUGCAUACAUUUUUUCAUACUGGCCCCCCGUGGGAAACGAACCCACAACCCUGGCUUUGCAAGCACAAUGCUCUACCAACUGAGCUACGCAGGGCCACUAUGGAUGGGGAAUGCCAAUAAUGAUUAUUAUUAUUAUUAUUACAUGGUUGGCAGCACCAUGUGACCCUUUCCUCGUUCCGUUUUCGCUCCCUAGGACAGUGUUGUUGAGUUCACUAGGUUCGACCCAGCCUGCCUACUGCCUACUAACAUUGACGACUACUGGACGUAUGCAGGGUCACUUACCACUCCUCCUCUGACUGAGGCAGUGACCUGGAUUAUCAUGAAGCAGCACAUCGAAGUCAGCCAUGACCAGGUUAGUGUGUAUGUGUUUGUUUGCUAGUGGAGAACAGGGACGGAACAUCAAUGGCAUUACCAGCAGUUUACAGCUUGGUGUGUUAACUCAGUAGUUUCAGGUCUAUGUAACACAUUGUUCCUAUCCCUUUCUCAGCUGGCAGUGUUUCGGAGCCUGCUCUUCACCUCAGCAGAGGAGGAGGUGCAGAAGAGCAUGGUCAACAACUUCCGCGUGCAGCAGCCCCUGAGGGGUCGCACUGUGCGGUCCUCUUUUACCCCCUUCCUGCAGCAGGAGCCACCUGCAAAAGGUCCACACACAGGCCACUGACCGGUACACACAGACUCACUAGGACCCUUCAAACCAAAAUUAUGCAAUUACCCUGGGAAGCAAAUUUUUGGGUCUAACAAAGUCUUACGUUUUACUCUACAUAAGUCAUACUGCUGGCAUCUUCUUUCCAAACGCCUAAUGCAUUCAGAAAGCACUCUAUGAUUUCACUUAAAUGACAGGGAUUUUAGAAUUCCAAUGUCAUCAUCUUAAGCUGUGGUAUUCAAAGUCAGGGUCGUGACCCCAAGUUAGGUUGUGUGGGAACUGCUGUGGGUUGGGAGAAAAAAAUUGUUAACAAAAAAUGAAGAAUAUUUUAUGGGACAAUAUAAAAAUGUUUUUGAGAAAGAUAAUUUGAAAAAUACAAUUUUGAGUAAGUGUAUUUAUUGGUUUCUUUCAUUUUGAUAAGAGAUAAAAAUGUAAUGAAUUGAAGGUUAUUUGUUGACGUAAAAAUCUAAAUGUAUCUUUUUUAAGGUCGUGUCAUUAGAUCUGGGGUGGGGUCGCGAGAAAUUCUUGCAAAAAAAAGGGGGUCCCCGCUGAAAAAGUCUGAAUACCUAUGAUCUAAAGGCUUUUUUUGUUGACAUCUGUCUCAUUGCCUGCUGUCCUGUCAAUAAGUGAACGUCAUCAUCAACACAUGGCAGGUGUAUUGCUGUAGUCGAUGCUAACAGAUUUUUGAAACUCCUGUGUCUUAGGUAAAUCAGGUUAGGGAGUUUUUUUAUGAAUGCUCUGAAUGUUUUUAAGUUGUAAACCUUAUUUAUUCACUCCUUAUUAACAGUCAAACUUGACACGCUUCCAGAAACCAAUGAUUGAUGCUGCUGGAAUACUUUUAUAUACUAUCAACACUUAUUAUGUAAACUAAGCAUAUGUAU